AGCGCCUUUUUAUCCUGUCCCAGAAUGGGGGAAAGGGCCUGAGUCUUUCCUAUUACAAAGACCAUCAACAUCGCGGCUCCAUCGAACUCGAUCGAAGCACCACCAUAGAAGUCGGUAUCAACAGCCAGGAGAAGAUGCAGUCUGUGCAGAGGAUGUUCAAAUGCCACCCUGACGAGGUGAUGUCCAUCAGAACCGUAAACAGGGACUACUUCCUCAUUGGCCAUGACAGGGAGAAGAUCAGAGAGUGGGCGUCCUUCAUGUCGGCGUAUUGCCAGGGUGCAGAAGGGGCUCAUCAGAACUCACAGGAGCCGCCUUCCCUGGGCAACAGAAGGCCAGUUUCCGACCCCAGUCCUUUCUUGGGCCUCUGCAGUGCACUGGAGAUUAUCAGCCUGCCAUUACCAAGGGCCAGUCUUCCAGACGUGCAUUUAAUACAAAAAAACCUUCAAGGAUUCAGGCAAGCUCAUCCUCAUCAUGAACACAAUUUCUACUCAGAACCCACUCAAGAUAUGGAAGAAGAGAAUUACUAUCUUACUCCUCGAAACAUCCUUUCAGAACUAAAAAGCAUUGCUGAUCCCGACGAUUCUGUUGACUCUACUGACUCCAAUAGUCCAGACCAAGGCUCCAAGAAAUCUGAGAGCAAUUACAUGUCAAUGAGAUCCUGUUUCUUCAAAGAAUCAACCUCUGCAUCUGCUGGUUGCCACGCUGAACCCCAGAGUUCUCUGGAGACUCCAGAGCAGGGGCCUCCCCGGCAAGAACAUGGCACUGGAAGUGAUCUGUGCCUUUCACCUGCUGAUCCAGAAGCACAAGCCACAGCCGACAGAAAGGGGUCCGCCUCACUAACUGUUGUGAAAUUGUCUAUAUUACUCAACAACGUCCCUGAUGAGAGCCACGUAGAGACUCUAAACGUGUUCCUCUCUCCCCCGGAUGCCUUCAACUAUCUUGCUCUGGUAGAAGCAGCGGGACGGAUAUGUGUGGCUCGGUGGGAAGGUCCUCCUCGACUAGGGUGCUUAUUCUGCCAUGGAGAUCAUAUCUUGGCCGUGAAUGACCUGAAGCCCCAAAACCUGGAGGAGGUGUCCUUGUUUCUUACCCGGUGUAUCCAGAAGGAGAAAGUGAAACUCUCCAUUGGCCGGAUCCCCAAUUCAGAGAAGUUCCAUGCUUCCGCCUGCACGUGCCCCUUAAAAUACCACUUGGUGGAGCCUGUCCAGGAGGAUUUGCCAGGACUGGAGAGGAUACCAAAGAGGAGUCCGGCCAUCAAAAAGAGCCAGAAGGAAGUAACUGGAGAGUCGGCUGCCUCAGAUCCAUGACAGCAGAAGAAGGAUGGAACCCUGGAUCACGCGUGGUCCUGUGGUUGGAGACAAGGCUGCAUCCUACUUUGAGUCACUGCACUGCCUUAACAAUGGGGUCACUGGCCCCUCUUUGACUGUUGCAUUGAGGUCACAUGGGAUAAUGACUAAGGAACAGAGAUAAAAUGGAAGGCCUUAUUAUCUGAGACUUUGCCUCAGACACGGCAGACAUCGAUUGAGUAAAUCUCUGGUCUAAUUAAUAGCACUGUGUGCUUUCUGAGGUCACAAUUGCAUCUUUGUUAGGAAUAUCCAGUCAGAAUUACUCAUUACAGGGAGGCAAGAGAGAUGAAAGUCUGUGGUUAUCCUCCAGACACUUCCUGUGACUCAGCAGCCCAAGGGCCAUCAGAUCAGGCAGAGUGACCUCUGUCUCAGGAUACCUGCUUUCUUAAAGAUACAGUAACUAUUUUGGAAGCUGAGGGAGUUUGGUGCUGCUCACUUCAAAAAUAAUCAGGAAACUAUGUGUAUAUGUUCUUAAUUGGUUGGCUUAUUACCAAAUUAGUUCUGUGAUGUCAAAAGGAUCAAAGGCCUUUUAAUAAUCAGGAAAGCAGGAGCAGUCAACUGAAGACUAAUCAACUUGGAGAUGUUGGUGCAAAAUGGGGUGGGGGUGUUAGAAAAUCCAUCUCAACAGGCUGUCCUUUCACGUGGAAAAAAAUGAAGGCUUUGAAAGUUCAGUGAUACUCAGUCUUCAUGACUCCAAGUUCUGUAGCUGUUGGGGGCAGGACCAAGAGUCUAGACCAGCUUUAGGAAGAAUAUUCCCUGACCUCUGCCUUGUGUGUGGGUUUAGAUUAGGAAAGACCUUUGGCAUGUGGAGGAGACAUUCAGUACAUUUCAUUUUCUGUUAUCUAGAUUGUUGCCUGUAUAAAAUGUACAUAUGUAUAUGAAACAUGGAAAAUAAUUAAAUGUAUAUGCAUGAAU